AUGGCAACCGACCAUCGAUCCAUCGUCCGUGACAACGGCGCGCCAAACGAGUUCACCGUCGAGGGUCGGGAUUCGGUGCAGUCGCCGGACCUCUUCGCACUCCCGGAAGAAGACACGGAGACUCAUGGGAAAUCGGAGUGGAACGGCUCGGACAGCGGCUCCCCGUCCCGCAUCAUCACCAUAAUCCGACGAUAUCUCUCGGUGUUUCGAGCACGAACUCGCACGACAUCCACCGCGGCACUUCCUCUUUGCGACAUGAACGUCCUCGUCUAUACCGGCUCGGAUCUAUCUUCGACUUCCCACCAGCACAUCCUUUCCUUCAUCCGCUCCAUCUUGGCCCCGAACUACGCCGUGCAAGCCGUCAACUCGACGUCCCUCGCCUCGCACCCAUGGUCUAAAGGAUGCGCAAUGCUCGUUAUGCCUCCUUUCCUGUCUCAGGGCCAAACCGGAACGCCAGAAUCACCUUUCAACACCGCUGCGGCUCAGGCGGUCCAGAAGUACGUCGCCGCUGGCGGGCGCUUCUUAUCGCUGGGGAACGUCGCUCGCGCGAGCCCAGCUCAGAGUCGGGGGCUGCCGGACACGUCGUCGAACAUCAAACUGUCCUUAGAAGAUGAGGAUAGCAGAAUCGUCGUGACGAUCGCUCCAAGCACUGGUGCUCCAGCUUUGGCCGACGUGCAAGUGGUCAACGGCUACGUCGUGGAGGGAUUGCCGACAGCAGGCUCGAUCGAUCUGACUGCGAUACCAGACCUGGGGAAGGUCGGCGUCGAAGUCAUCGCGCGAUAUCCAUCUGGCACGACUGUCGCUGGCGCAAACAUCCCACUCGGCCAGGGAGUGGUAGGCGUGUGGACUCUGUGUGUCCCACAAGAGUACGCCGCGCAGCCCGGAAUCAUCGCACUCCUCCGCUCGACCAUCGACGCCCUUGGUUUGCAGCUCUCCAUGUCAAACGCAGUCGCACGGCCCACCCCUCAAGUUCUCUGCUCGGCACCUUGGCGUCCUGGCGUCGUCGAGCAUGCUCUCCGUUUGAUUGGUGAACAGGCGACGGCUGUCUUUGAGCAGCAGCUUGUUGCAGCAGAUACCACGAGCGACGACCCUACGACAUGGAAUCCGAAGCACGUCGUCGUCUACCCGGGCGCAACUCUCCCUGCCACCGAACUCACGCCGCGCUUCAAUAUCACUGCAUACUACGAAGCUCUCGCGGACGCCCGGAAAGGACAAGCAUGCCCGGACACCUAUGAAGACGAUACCUGGGGAGUGGGUGAAGCGCUGUUGUAUGGCGAGGUUGUGACCAGCACACAGACGAUGCUCGACAAAAACACCCAUCUGCUCACUUCCCUCCCGACGCCGCUUGUCUCGCUGGCCUCAAUGCAAUUGACCGGUCGAGGCCGCGGUGCGAACGUGUGGCUCUCCCCUCCAGGAUGCCUCCAAUUCUCCCUUCUCCUGCGCGCACCUCUGUCAGCGCUUCCGGGCUCGCGCCUAGUCUUCGUGCAAUACCUCGCAGCGCUCGUUCUCGCGGACGCGUGCCGCGAUCCCGCGGUUCUCGGAACGUCAGCCGGGGACGCUGUGCGCAUCAAGUGGCCGAACGAUAUUUACGCAAUCACCCAGGAGGGCGAGAGGAAGAAGAUCGGCGGCAUCCUGGUCAACACCAGCUUCGGCCAAGGCAAGGUCGAGAUCGUCGUCGGCUGUGGCCUCAACGUGCUCAACCCGCCGCUGAUCCCCUCACUCGCGCAGCUCGCGCGCAGCAGCGCCGCCCCACCGACGAUGGAGCGCACCUUCGCGGCGAUCAUGGCGCGCUUCGAGCGGAAGUGGUCCGAGUUCCUCGCCGCGCGUGGGUCCUUCGAACCGUUCAUGGACGAGUACCUGGAGCGCUGGCUCCACUCGGACGAGCUCGUGACGCUGACCACGGUGUCGCCGCCGCGCAAGGUGCGCAUCGUGGGGAUAACGCCGGAGCACGGGCUGCUGCGCACGAUGGCGGAGCCGGACGCGUUCUCGUCUCCUCGAGGUGGAGGCGGACCGGAGUUCUUUGACCUUCAGCCGGACGGGAACAGCUUCGACCUCUUGGCAGGACUCAUCAAGACGAAGGGGGCGUUCUUCGUCGCCGGCCACGAGACGACGAGCACAGCGACGACGUGGUGCCUCUUCGCGCUCAUGCAGGCACCGGGCGUCCAGACCAGGCUUCGUGAUGAGCUCCUGGCGGUGCCCACCGACAUGCCGACGAUGGAGGAGCUGAACGAGCUCCCUUACCUGGACGCUGUCACGACGUCGAAGAAGCUCUGGGGCGAGGAUGCUGCAGAGUUCAACCCGGAGCGGUGGCUCGGCGAGGGGCUUCCCGACGCAAUCGGCCCCGUCCCCGGAGUGUGGGGCCACAUACUGACUUUCCUUGGCGGCCCCAGGGCCUGCAUUGGAUAUCUUUUCACUCUCGUCGAGAUGAAGGCGCUCAUCUUCACGCUCGUGCGCCGCUUCGAAUUCGAGCUCGCCGUGCCUGUCGAGGACGUGGAGAAGAAACAGGGUGCGGCCGUGCAGCGUCCGCGCCUCCGCAGCGACCCAGAGGCGGGUGGGCAGCUCCCCUUGCUCGUCAAGCAGCACCACGCGCUCUGA